AUGCUGGCCUCGAUUCUUCAUUAUUUCGUCUCCUCUCUCCACCUCUCCUCUCCUUUCCCCUCCUCUCCCCUCCUCUCCCCUCCUCUCCCCUCCUCUCUCCUCCUCUCCCCUCCUCUCUCCUCCUCUCCUCUCUCCCCACAGAUCCAAACCGCCAUGCCAUCGGCCCAGAACCUUGUCCUCAUGUCGCAACUCAGCCCCGCCACCAAGCCCCUCGCAGGGAUGCUGGCGUCCCUGAUGCUGCGACAGGUGGCCAGGAACGCGUUUACCAUCGUUCCUCCAUUCACUCACCACCGUCCUCCCCCUUUUCACCCUUCCGCCACGCUUCCCCACUUCCCCACUUCCCCCUCCGCCAGGAACGCGAGCGGCAAUUACAACCUGGCGGUCGACGCGCUCCUCGUAGGCGCCACGGGCGGGCCGCCCGACUCCCUCGCGAUCGUGAAGGGCGCCGUCUGCGACUCUUCCGCUUCCGCCGCCGCGAUCCUCGCGAUUCCGGCGGCGGCGUCCGACUGGCAGCAGCGAGAAGGCUGGUGGCUGCUGCACGCGGAGGCGCGGCUCGACGCGUUCCUCGAGAACGCGGACGCCGCCACCGUCGAAGCGCUCCUCGCGCUCCUCCCCAACGCGACGCUCCCGGCGGCGCGCGGCAGCGGCGGACGCGGAGCCAGCUCGGGGGGCGCGCGCAGCGGUCAGGGCAGCAGGCGCAUGGGGCUGGGCAUGGGGAGGGAGCUGCUGAUGCGCGCAGCGGGACGCGUCACUGGCGCGAAGAAGGGCGGGCAGCAGCAGGGAACGCCGGGUGCUGGGGGUGCGGGGGGGAUGAUGGGGGGCAGUGGCGGGGUGAACGCGACUGUGAGUGGAUAUGCCGUGUUGGCCACUGCCACUGCGGGGGGUGUGGCGUGGGGCGGCCAGCUCAUGGGCGUCAAACUGCCCUCCAUUGCUGCCUGA